UCUCCAUCCUUGUACCUCUCACAUCCAAACUGAACUUGGAUCAUAGCCAAACGCAAGGAUGGCUGCCAAGUUGGUCGAUCGACGGAUUCAUAGCAUCCCGGGCAAGCUUCGAGUGGCGGAAUUGUUCUUCGACGUUCCCCUGAAUCACAGCCAGCCGAACGAUGGAACCUUAAGGCUGUUUGCUCGCAGCGUUCGUCGUCAUAACAAGCCCGUUCAACCGACCAAGGAUGAGCCUCGCCUUCCGUGGCUGGUCUACCUUCAAGGGGGCCCCGGAAUGGGAUGUCGACCCCCACAGGAGUACGGCUGGAUCGGAACCGCCCUGGAAAAGGGCUAUCAAGUCCUCUUCCUAGACCAGCGUGGCACGGGUCUCAGCUCCACCAUCACGGCUGGCACCCUUGCCUUGCAGGGCAACGCAAUCAAACAAGCCGAGUACUUGAAGCAUUUCCGUGCCGACAAUAUCGUCCGGGACUGCGAGGCGGUUCGGCGUUGCCUUACUACCGACUAUCCCGAAGAGGAGCGCAAAUGGAGCAUCAUCGGACAAAGCUUCGGUGGUUUCUGUGCGGUGACUUACCUCUCCUUGUUCCCCGAGGGCCUGCGUGAAGCUUACCUUUGUGGUGGACUUCCCCCCUUGGUCGACGGACCGGAUCCUGUCUACGCGCUCACCUUCGAAAAGGUAAUCGAGAGGAACAAGGCAUACUAUGCUAAAUUCCCCGAAGAUGUCGACCGGGUCAAGCAAAUUGUCAAGUAUCUGCAGGACAACCAGGUGGCUGUGCCAUCUGGCACGCUCACCCCAGAGCGGUUCCAACAAUUGGGUAUUAUGUUUGGCAUGCAUGGGGGACUUGACAGCAUCCAUGAUCUCGUGCUGCGUGCUUCCCACGACUUGGAACUGUUUGGCUUCUUGACCGUUCCCACACUCAACGCAAUCGACAGUUAUGGAGGCUUUGACAGCAACAUCAUCUACGCCAUUCUCCACGAAGCCAUUUACUGCCAAGGACAACCCUCGAACUGGUCUUCUGACAGAUACCGUGCCGCCAACUCCCAGUUCCACAUCAACACCGAUCUGCCAGAAAUCUGGUUCACCGGUGAAAUGGUGUUCAAGGACAUGUUCGACUCCUACGACGAGUUAAACAAAGUCAAGGAAGCAGCCGACAUUCUCGCUACCACGAACGACUGGCCCGCCCUCUACGACGAGGAGAAGCUGGCGCAGAACACCGUCCCCGUCUACGCCGCGUCCUACGUGGAAGACAUGUAUGUGCAUUUCCACCACGCCUCUAACACGGCCGCGAAGAUCGAGGGCAUUAAGCAGUUCAUCACGAACACCAUGUACCACAACGCCAUCCGUAGCAAGCCGGAUGAGCUACUGCAGCAGCUUUUCGCGCUCAGGGAUGACACUCUUGAUUAGGCUGCCCCGCUUCCGUUCUUACGCUUUCCAUGGGCGCUGUGUUAUUUAUUCAUCUCUGGAGCUCUAUUUUUGUCUUUUGGUGGUUUAUCUUUUAGUAACACUUCAUGCCCCCGGGACUGCCAAUACAUGAAGCAGAGAUGGUAUCAGUCUAUUUCUAAAUAGCGUAUUUAGUAUAACCCAUCUCCAAUUGAGUAAAUC